UGAAAUCGAGCCAUCCGCUUCGUAUAUUUGAUUAAAUCUAACGCUUUUGUCUGGCAAACAUCGGUUGGGCUUAAAUAUGCUCGCUUACAUUCCAGUUAGUUCUCAGCUGGUGCGCCUUUACCUUCAUGCACAAGAACAUUACAGUGUAGUAAACCUACACCUCCUUGUUUCUACACUCACUGUCCGUUUGAUCAGCUCCACUGACCACAUAGUUUCAGUCUGUAAUCCUACAGUUACAGACUGUAGUCCAUAUGUUUCUCGGCACACUUUCUAACCCUGUUCUACAGUGGUCAGGACCCCCAUGGACCCCCACAGAGCAGGUGGUGGAUUAUUCUCAGCACUGGUGUGUUAAUGUGUGUUGGGCUGGUCUGAGUGGAUCAGACAAAGCAGUGAUGCUGGGGUUUCUAUACGCUGUCCACUCUAUUAGACACUGCUCUGUGGGGUCUGAUUUCUCCAGCAUUGCACCCAUAUAGAACCAGGGCUUGCAGUAUAAACCCUGGAAGGUGUGAUGCUGAUCACCACCAACACCAGCUUAUGGUGUGUUUGGAAUGCUGGUCAACCAGCAUGCCCAUACUGGGUGAUCAGCUCAACCAGUGCUCUUGCGGCUCCACGGCUGAAUUAGAUCAGUAGGUAAUAAUAAAAUAAUGUUCCUUUACAGUAAAAUAAAGCUCUGCUGAUCAUUCAACACAGUUUAACAGUAAAUGGUCUUAAACGCUGGAGUUAAUGUAGAACUGCUGAUUCACCCUUUAACCCUGAAGAUCUGCGCAGACUGCUGGCCACCAUAGCAACAUAGACAACAGUCUCGCCCAGCUAGUAGCUAACGAAAAGGCAAAGAGAGAGAUUUAAGACGAACAUCAAUAAUUUGGAGAUGAAUGGAUUUAAUUGUGUUUAUAGUCACUCCAGCUGGUUUCCUGAUGCUUUUAAUCUGCAACAAGUAACUGUCAAACACUAAAAAGUCACGAAGCUGAAGUCAGUUUCUUAUUCGUCGGCUUCUUGUUCGAUUUUUCCUGUUCCACCUUAAACGGUCCAGCAGUUACAUUCUGGCACCUCAGGUACCAUUUAAGGUGGAACGGGAAAAUUCAAACAAGAAGCUAGCAAAUGAGACUUAAGUCGAGUAAACAAUCAAAUGUUUAAAGACAUUUUACAAGAAACGGUUCUACUUUUGAGGAAAAGUUUCCUGCUGGAGAUGGGAGAAAAGCAGCUGUAGCUGAGUGAAAGGUUAAAGCAGAGCAAAUAGCCAUGUCGAAAGUGGAGCGUCUGAACGCUCGGGUUGCCAAGCUACUCUCAGUCGCGGUGCAAGAAGUGUUGGAGGCGGUGAGGGAGACGGUCUCAGAAUACCAGGAGAAAACCGCUCGGACACAAAGAGAGAACGAGAGACUGCGGAAGAGGUUACAAGAGCUCCAGGACAAAUCCAACAGAAAUCGUGGAGGAGACCAUCCUGUUAGCCCUAGCCAUGAUUUGGUGAAAAGGUACGAAACUGAUUCUUUAUCAGUCGUGCAAGAGAGCACCACUCAGGCGAAUGGACAGAUGAAACAGACAGUGGAUUGUUUGCUCAAUGGUGACCAUCAGAGCAGUGGGCCUGGACUCAAAGAACCAGACACAAGUCCCAUUGACUCUGAGCCUUCCCGCCAAAGCCCACCUACGUUCUCUCACGAUUUUGAGCCGAAGGCGCAGCCCUCAACAUCAGGAUUCAACAUCAAAGCGGAAACGGAGCAUCGAGUCUUGGCGCCAGAGCUCUCCAAAUCGUCGGACUACAUUUCCCAUAAUGCCACAUCGCCAAAAAGGACAGACCACCAUGUAAGUCAAAAUUUCUGCAAAGAUGCACACGCUGUUGACGUCUUAACCAUCAACCAGCCUGCUUUGUCUUCUCACGAAAUUAAAACUGAAGCGGAUGCGGACGGGUACACCAUUUACGCUCCUCAAGGAUUAGUUUUCGACACUGUAGCGUUUAACGUGAGUGGAGAACAGGUGGAACAACCUGGCGCCUCUGGACUCGUCCAGUUUGAUCUAAAUGGGCCUUUGGAGAGGCUGACGGCCGAGGACAUGAACGACAUUAAUGCUGCUUUAGAUGCGAGGAACCAGAGACAUGACGAGCUUCUGAAUGGUUUAUCCAUCAGAAACUUCCAUGAAAAACGCUUCUGCUGCCCCUUCUGCAGCCGCAGCUUCAGUCACGCAGGAGACUUCAAGAAGCACAAGAGGGUUCACACGGGAGAAAAACCGUAUUUAUGCACUGUGUGUGGCAAACGCUUCAGUCAGUCCGGCUACCUGAAGAUCCAUCAGAGGUACCACACGGGGGAAAGGCCGUACGGCUGCAGCCUCUGUGGAAAACGCUUCAGCCACUCCAGCAACUUCAGGAAGCACCAACAGACGCAUAUCGGCCAAAGUGUUUAGAAUCGGUGACCUGAUUUUGACCUUUUUAAAUGUGAAGAACUUCAUUGACCUGGCUUAUAACUCUCAGGCUCAAAUCGCUCCAUACAAUAAGACUGAAUCACGAAUAUUUGAAAUUUGUGAUAUGCCAAGUAUGACAUCUUGCAGUAUAUUAUGAUUUGCUACUUGACUGAAGAUUCUGCCUCCAGAGGAAACUUUCCUCUGUUUCAUCUAAUAAAGCUUUAACUUUUCAAUCUUUUUUUAGUGAAGUAAAACAGAAUUGCAAAACAAAGCAAGAACUGAUAGACGCCUUGGCCACUGUCCCAAAGUUCAGUGUGGUUUCAUGCACAUUUGUUUGCUACCCGUAAGUAUUCAAGUGUGUCCCAUUUCUCAGAUCUACAACCAUGUUUCCGAAAAAGUUGGGAUGCUGUGCAAAAUGUAAGUAAAAACAGAUUGCAGUGAUGUGCAAAUUAAUUAAAUCCUGUAUUUAUUGGAAAAUGGUACAAAUACAAGAUAUUAAAUGUUGAAACAGAGAAAUUGUAUUGUUUUUUGAUGUCACCAACACUUCAUUAAACUUGGGACAGGAGACUGUUUA